AUGCAGAAGGGACCAGGACUUCUCGUCCAUGGCUUCGAGCUCGAAGGGUCCUCGGAGCUGGCGCCGGGGACGCGGAUCUACAAAGGAGGUGUUGAAGCUGCCAUCGACGGCAUACUUGCAGGAAGGUACUCUCCGCUGGACUUCCGGUGGUUCGUUGGUCGCCAUCUGGAUCUGCGCACCGACGACUUCGCCUGGAUCUCCAUGGCCUCGGCGCGACCUCUGGCGCUGAAGCAGUGCCUGGGUUUGCCGAAGCCGCUGUGGCACGAGGUGAUGGAGCUCUGCGGUGGUGAGUAUUCCGAGCUCAGCCGCGUGGAGCUCGUGCAGCGCACAGACUUGGAUGAGGAUGUCCGAAAUGGAGAUGAAGAAGAUGGUGGCAGCAGAAGUGGCUAA